GCCAGGUGCAUGUCUUAUUAAAUCAGCCGUCGUCCAUGCUCUUUUCUCAAUUAUUCCAUUCACGACCAUAUCAUUCAAUUUCAUCCAUCUCAUUUCUUCUCUCUUCUCAGGCAGGCACCACAUGCAGAUCCAAUCGCACAGUAUCUAACGUCACGGCGGCGCGAUGCCCUUUUUCCGCAGGUAGCGCCUCUGGAAUCGAUUGCCCCUCUCGGUGAGGGUGGUGUCGUCCACAUCGUCAAAGUCCACCGUCAGCUUCUUGCCCUCGACGAUCUCCUCCAGCGACGCACGAGGUAAACCGCUCUUGUCAAGACGAACGAUCUCGUCCUUCAAGAUCCUGACACACACACGUGUGAGUUCUGCGAUGCACACAUCCAUCCACCGGCACGUGUACCCACCUACCUCUUGAAGUUGGGGACGCCCAGCAGCUUCUCCCUCAGCCCCGUCAUGCGCCUCUCUAUCAGGAAGCCCCACCCGAUGUUGGCAAACGUCAAUAUCACCGCCAAAGUGAAGAGUGCCAGGGCCGUGGUGGCACCGAUGCGGAGCAGCGUGUCAAACACGGGGUUCUCGUACAUCAGCUGCGAGAGCACCAGGCUAGGCAAUGCCCCAGUCACGCCGUCAGCUUGAGGAUGGGCCAAGUCAUCAGGCGGGGCGAUGGGGAGAAAGGAGAGAUCGUUGACGGCUGCUGGAGUCCUCAAGAGCGAAAAAUCGCUGUCGGGCAGCCUCGCGACGCCUGAAUGAAGAGAUGAGGGUGCCGACGGUCCAAAGUGGAGCGCUGGCGGCGGUUGGAAAGCAUCAGCACUGACAGCAAGCGCCAGGAUCUGCCAUAGCAUAGCUCUGUAGAGGCUACAGAGAAGCUGCAUCUUCGUCGCCAGAAGACACUCACACGACGAUGAAUAAAGAGCCUCAAAUCAACGGAUCUUCACAUCCGCAGCUGUUCUGCCGCUGACGAUGCGCCUGUUGCUUGUGG